AUGGUUCUUUGGGUAUUAUUACUUUCUUUUGCUUUCAUCGCCGCGCAAGAACUUAGCGUUAUUGAUGCCGAUUUGGAAAGUAUGGACCCAGUGGACACGUUACAGUGUCACAGGAGAUCGUAUACUUACAAAGUUAGUCAAAUGGAUGUUAAUGGAAGGCAAUGCAGGGACACUCUAAGAGUUUGGGCGUGUUGGGGAAGGUGCGAUUCUAACGAAAUUUCAGAUUAUCGUUUUCCUUUUAAAAAAUCAUCACAUCCAGUUUGUGUGCACUACGCAAGAACUAAAUCGGUUGCGUUUUUAAGAGAUUGCGAUGAAGAUGCUUUACCAUUAACGGCAAGAUACGAGUAUUUAGAAGCUGCGAGCUGUCGGUGUCAACUGUGUUCUUCAUCUGACACAAGUUGUGAGGGAGUUAGAUAUCGAGCGAAUCGAUCUCAUCCGGAUCGUUUAGGAUUUGGAAUUCGCCAAUAAAAUGAUAAAUGUUAAUUAAAAAUGUU